AUGCCCAUUUUAUUCUUGAUUAUAUUAUUACUGUUCCCUAUCUCUGACGAAGUGCACUUCAAUGGUGGAAACAUCAGAUGGGCACCAAUAAAUCCCUAUAAUAAUUCGAGUUCAGUUCAAAUAUCUAUUAUACAAUCUUAUUGGUGGUCCUAUCCAACCAUAACCUGUGCAACAAAUGUACCAAUUUCUACAAGUGGUCGAAGUAGUGCAAAUGCUAAUUUGACAUGUAUUGCUGAUUGUUCAACUGAUGGUGGUUAUUCGAACAAACCAGUCAAUAUUUUGACUGAUUGUACUUCAUUUAGUUCAUCAUUAGGCAUAUUGACCAGUCAACGAUCAGUUAAUAUUACACUUAAUGCUAGUGCACAUUUUUAUCUAGCAUAUCAAGGAAGUGCUUGGCUUGCCUUAAAUAAUCCACCCAAAAGUGGUCUAUAUUGGUCUAUUUUGAGUUUUAUUGAUCUUCGAAUACGAUCCGAUGGUUUUAUUAAUACUCCACCUGUAGCGAGUGUUGUUUCUCCACAAUACGCGAUUGUGGAAGAUUUUAUCAACGAGACAAGUCUUAUUCCAAUGAGUUCAGUACCAGUUCAAUUCCUGAUCUAUGUCAUGCCAGAUCCAGCAUGUUACAAUGCUCCUGUUAUUCUUCCUUUAACAGGUUGUUUAGAAGUAACAGUUGGUGUUACUAAUAGUUUCAAUCUUUCCGUAAUAAAUUCGUGUAAUCCCAGUACCACUGAUAUUGCUGAUGUCAUUAUUUCAAAAGGGUUUGAUGGUAUUGAAAUUAGUAACUUGACAACUUCGUCAAUAAAUACAUCGCUUGUUUACGUCACAUUUACUUGGACACCACAGGCAAGUCAACUUGGGACACAACAAUUAUGCACCAUUGCCUAUACCAGUGAAGAAGUACAAUCAUCACAGUAUUGUGUAACAUUCACAGUGAUCAUGUCAUCUGUACCCUGUAUGACAACAACAACGUCAACAUCGACGACUACUUCCACAAGCACAUCCAUGACAACAAGCACAACAACCUCAACAUCUAGUUCAACAACAACACCAACAAUCGCACCUAAUACAACAAGUGAAUUGUCUAAUAAUCAAUCUCUAAUUCUUGGAUUAGGAAUCAGCCUUGGUUUAUUGUUACUCCUAGCUCUUAGUAUAUUGAGUCUAUUUCUUUGUUGUCAAUGGUGUCCUGGAGAUUUCUGGGAACGAAUUCGUCAAAGAUUUUUGGGAAAGAAGAACAGUCCUUGUGAAUAUUGUCAGGAAGAACGUGUCUUUUAUAAAUCAAUGAACAAAAAUAACAUAUCUCAAGAGCCCAUAACGUACAGAGAACAAUACAUUAAUAAAAAAUCAUUAACACCAAUGAAACGUCUAGCACGCGCCAAUUCUUUUCUCUCCAAUUCAUCAUCACAUUUUGAUCACAAUUGGACAACAGUAACACGAACGACACUUUUGUCACUACUUUCGCAUAGUCCUAUGCCAAGUGUAGAUAUUCCUUUCCAAACGACUCAUCUACCACAACCAGCAUAUACAGAUGACGGUGGUUCGAUUCUUGUUCGAGCCUAUGUUGAACAAGAACAAAGAUAUACAUGA